GUCGGCGGGGUCCUCGCGCCCCGCACGCCCGCACGCACGGCCCGGCCCGCAGUGAGCAUGGGCGCGGCGGCCGUGCGCUGGCACUUGUGUGUGCUGCUCGUCCUGGGCGCGCGCGGGCGGCUGGCGGGGGGCAGCGGGCUCCCAGGGGCCGUCGACGUGGACGAAUGCUCGGAGGGCACAGACGACUGCCACAUCGAUGCCAUCUGCCAGAACACGCCCAAGUCCUACAAAUGCCUCUGCAAGCCAGGCUACAAGGGGGAAGGCAGGCAGUGUGAAGACAUCGACGAGUGUGAGAACGACUACUACAACGGGGGCUGUGUCCACGAGUGCAUCAACAUCCCGGGGAACUACAGGUGCACCUGCUUUGACGGCUUCAUGCUGGCACACGACGGACACAACUGCCUGGAUGUGGACGAGUGUCAGGACAACAACGGCGGCUGCCAGCAGAUCUGUGUCAAUGCCAUGGGCAGCUACGAGUGUCAGUGCCACAGCGGCUUUUUCCUCAGCGACAACCAGCACACCUGUAUCCACCGCUCCAAUGAGGGUAUGAACUGCAUGAACAAAGACCAUGGCUGUGCCCACAUCUGCCGGGAGACGCCCAAAGGUGGGGUGGCUUGUGACUGCAGGCCUGGCUUUGACCUUGCCCACAACCAGAAGGACUGCACACUAACCUGUAACUAUGGAAACGGAGGCUGCCAGCACAGCUGUGAGGACACGGACACAGGCCCUGUGUGCGGCUGCCACCAGAAGUACGCCCUGCACUCAGACGGCCGGACAUGCAUCGAAAAGGAUGAGGCUGCAAUUGAGCGCUCUCAGUGCAAUGCCACGUCAGUAGCUGAUGUGGACAAGCGGGGGAAACGGCGGCUACUCAUGGAGACGUGUGCAGUAAAUAACGGAGGCUGUGACCGGACGUGCAAGGACACGGCCACCGGCGUGCGAUGCAGCUGCCCGGUUGGAUUCACACUGCAGCCGGAUGGGAAGACGUGCAAAGACAUCAACGAGUGCCUGGUCAACAACGGAGGCUGCGACCACUUCUGCCGCAACACCGUGGGCAGCUUCGAGUGCGGCUGCCGGAAGGGGUACAAGCUGCUGACGGACGAGCGGACGUGCCAAGACGUCGACGAGUGCUCCUUCGAGCGGACCUGUGACCACAUCUGCAUCAACUCCCCGGGCAGCUUCCAGUGCCUGUGCCGCCGCGGCUACACACUCUAUGGGACAACCCACUGCGGAGAUGUGGACGAGUGCAGCAUGAACAACGGGAGCUGCGACCAGGGCUGUGUCAACACCAAGGGCAGCUACGAAUGCGUCUGCCCCCCGGGGAGGCGUCUCCACUGGAACCGGAAGGACUGCGUGGAGACGGGCAAGUGCCUUUCUCGGGCCAAGGCCUCACCCCAGGCCCAGCUGUCCUGCGGCACGGUGGGCGGUGUGGAAACCUGCUCCCUGUCCUGCCUGGCCCGCACGCUCUUCACGCCAGACUCAGACGACAGCUACAGCCUGAGCUGCGGUGUCCCGGGCCUCCAGGGCAAGAUGCUACAGAAACGCAACAGCACCGGCUCCAGCACCGGGCCCAGCUGCUCAGGUGCCCCUGCCACCCUCAUCAGGCAGAAGGCCCGGUUCAAGAUUCGAGAUGCCAAGUGCCACCUCCGGCCCCGAAGCCGGGAGCCGGCAAAGGAGGCCCUGAGGCAGCUGCUGCUGGAAAACUGCCACGUGACCUUUGUGACCCUCAAGUGUGACUCCUCCAAGAAGAGACACCGUGGCCGAAAGUCCCCAUCCAAGGAGGUGACCCACAUCACUGCAGAGUUCGAGGUUGAGACAAAGAUGGAAGAGGCCUCAGACACCUGCGCGGCCGAGUGCGUGCGGAGGCGAGUGGAGCAGAGCCUGCAGGCCGCCGUCAAGACUCUGCGCAAGUCCGUCAGCCGGCAGCACUUCUCCGUCCAGGUCGCAGGCACUGAGUACGAGGUGGCCCAGCGGCCGGCCAAGGCCCUGGAGGGCCAGGGGACGUGUGGCACAGGCCAGGUGCUGCAGGACGGCAAAUGCGUGACCUGCGGGCCUGGCACCUACUUCAGCGGAGAGCCAGGCCAGUGUGUGCCGUGCACGCCGGGGACCUACCAGGACGGGAACGGCCAGCUCAGCUGCACGCCGUGCCCCAGCAGCGACGGGCUCGGCCUGGCCGGUGCCCGCAACGUAUCCGAGUGUGGAGGCCAGUGCUCUCCAGGCUUCUUCUCCACCGACGGCUUCCGGCCCUGCCAGGCCUGCCCCAUGGGCACGUACCAGCCUGAGCCUGGGCGCACAGGCUGCUUCCCCUGCGGAGGGGGACUGCUCACCAAGCAUGAGGGCACAGCCGCCUUCCAAGACUGUGAGGCCAAAGUGCACUGCUCCCCCGGCCACCACUACAAUACCACCACCCACCGGUGCAUCCGCUGCCCUGUCGGCACCUACCAGCCCGAGUUUGGCCAGAACCACUGCAUCACCUGUCCUGGCAACACCAGCACAGACUUCGACGGCUCCACCAACGUCACACACUGCAAAAACCAGCACUGCGGCGGCGAGCUUGGCGACUACACGGGCUACAUCGAGUCCCCCAACUACCCUGGCGACUACCCGGCCAACGCCGAGUGCGUGUGGCACAUCUCGCCGCCCCCCAAGCGCAGGAUCCUCAUCGUGGUCCCCGAGAUCUUCCUGCCCAUCGAGGACGGGUGUGGCGACGUCCUGGUCAUGAGGAAGAGCGCCUCACCCACCUCUAUCACCACCUAUGAGACCUGCCAGACCUACGAGAGGCCCAUCGCCUUCACCUCCCGCUCCAGGAAGCUCUGGAUCCAGUUCAAAUCCAAUGAAGGCAACAGCGGCAAAGGGUUCCAAGUACCUUAUGUCACCUACGACGAGGACUACCAGAAGUUAAUAGAAGAUAUCGUCCGCGAUGGACGGCUCUACGCCUCGGAGAAUCACCAGGAAAUUUUGAAAGACAAGAAGCUGAUCAAGGCCCUCUUCGACGUGUUGGCGCAUCCCCAGAACUACUUCAAGUACACAGCCCAGGAGUCCAAGGAGAUGUUCCCACGGUCCUUCAUCAAACUGCUGCGCUCCAAGGUGUCCCGGUUCCUGCGACCCUACAAAUAACACUGGUGCAGCUGCCCUGCUUGGGGUGCCGGCUACCCGGGGAGGAGAGAGCUCCUCCCCUCCACAGUCGAAGCUAAAGGCGGCUCCGUGGGCCUCCACGCUGCCUUGGGAAUCGCCGUGGCGUCUGCCCUUCAGGAAUCGCUGGCCAGCCCGUGGCGGGCGAGACCACAUAUGCAGGCAGAGACCCCAGCCCGGCUGCACUCCUCUGAUGCCGCCCCCGUGGGAAAACGUUGCUUAAGGCAGCCUUUCUUGCUCCUUCCAGGACACCAAUAGCGCCCUCUCCUGAGCUGGCACCAGCGGACGCCACCCGGACCCAGGACGCUCGGCCACCACCCAGGCGGGUCCCGGGCAGAGCUGACCUCUGGAGGUUGCACGUGCCCUUUGCCUGGUGCUUCAGGGGAGAGAGGGGCAUGGCUGCCAUGUCUCAGGGGGGCUCUCAGAGGCAGAAUCCAAGACAGGAGGCCAGGCCGUGGAAGCAGGGGUGGUGAAGGCUCGUCGGGGGGCUAUGAUAAGCCAGUGUCGAUGCUGGCAGGGCGUCCACACCCGCCAGCUCCUCUGGCCGUGGGCCCAGGACACGGACGAGUUGCGGUUGGGCUCUCAGGGUUCUGUGAUGGGACAGAAAAGAGGUGCUGGGAGAGGAAACCGUAGACUGCUGCUUUCCCGUGAUAGAGCAUCUAAUUAAGUACUAUGUGUACAUGAAUCUAAAGAUAAAGAUAUACGUACUUCUAUUUGUGGGUACUUUAGGAGAAUUCUCUUUAGCAGCUGUAAAUAUUAAUCGCCCCGUCUUCUCCCAGCUGUCGCUGGCUUCCCUGACCGAUUAAACUGCUCCUCCAAGCACUUGCCACGUCUGUUUACAAAGGCCAGGAGCCUCCAAGACCGGGGGUGAGGCAGGUCGGCCCUGGACACGUGGUGGAGUACAAACGCUUGGGGGACUGGGCUCCACGCUCCGCCAGCAUGUUGCCCUCCAGUGGAAUGCAGUGGAAAGCAGUGUCCCUUGGGACCCCUUCCUGGGGUCACGGGGCCCAGUGGUAAACUUUAGAAGGGGCCUGUGUCUGACCCGAGGCCGUGACCGUGGAGUUCGAGCUGAGGAGCCUUGCCACCGGAAGGCAAGGCUUUGCCCCGUGAGCACAGGCUGUGCUGAGCACCGGGGCCCAGGGAGGAAAACGGGCCCCGGGACGGGGGGGGCCGCCCCCGGCAGAGGCAGCCCGGCUGUCGGAGGCCCGGCUUCCGGUGCCGUCUUCUUUCUGCUGCACCCUGUGGCCUCCCUCACAGAGUCUCUCUGUAAAGAAGCAAAGUCUGGAGUGUGACCGGGCUGCGCCGUGUCCCGCUCAGCCAGGAGCCAGGGCCUGGGGUGGAGCUAGCGAGGACCUCCGACAGGCCGCGGCCUCGCCCACUGCCACGCUGCUGCUGCCACCAGCCGCGGGACACGCAGGUGCUCUGUGGCUUUAGGGUUAACAGACAUUUAGAAUCCCAAGAACACGGGCGAAUCCUCACACGAACUCCCGUCACCCAUCCUGGUCGCCUCUAGGUGGUUUCCUCCUCGCCCCAGACCCACGCGUGCCGCUAGGGAUGAGCACGCCCUUGAGAAUGGCUGUGGCGCUGAGGGCGUGAGGCCUGGAGGUCCCGGGCUGGGUGGUGAACAGGUCAGGGCGGAUCUUACAGUCCACAGCGGGGCUCGGCGCUCUGGAGUUCCUCACCGCCGUUACCUGCGUCCUCAGCGGCGGGUCCCCAGCUUGACUAAUGCUGCCGUCAGCACCUUCUCUUCCAAAAUCCAACUCAAGUGGGGAGGGCGCUGCACUUGGUCGGUAGCGCAGUGUCAGCUGGGGAGCCCCGUCCAGGCCACACUGCCCCUCCCCUGGUCACGGUCCUUGAAGGCCAGUCACAGUUUCCAGAAAGAGGCCUGUCCUCCGCGUCAAGCCCCUGGUCCUCCCCAGAAAUUAGGUGUGUCCUCCGGAAUCGGCCCCCAGCAAUAGCUACCCAGGGGAGGGCACUGGGAAGGGUUUUUGGUUUUGGGGGUGGUUUUUAAUGCUCUCAAAAAGGAUGUUUCUGAUCCAGAGGGGACCAGAAAGAGCUCUCAUCUCUCUUGAACACUUCCUGCUGCUCCUUUGGGUGGUUUCCGGCAGUUGCCACCCACAUACCCACUAACCUACCCACCCUUUCGGUGGCUCCACCCCGAUCCACGGCUCUCACCACCACUGUGGUCAGACCGUGCCCCGUGUCUCCCGGGCAGAGCAGGACGGGGCAGUGCAGACGUGGGCCCCGCACCGUCUCGAGUGCCAGGGAGCCCGCAAUCCAAAUUCGCCAGCCACCCGCUGUCACCAUCCAGCCCUCCCUCCCCAGUAAAACCACCUGCCGCGCCAUCAGGGGACUCAGAGUCCAGGGGUGGGGUCUUUCCUGAACCUCGUCAGCCCUCAGCCCCAUGCUAGGAACCCUGGGGGUCCCACUUACUAAACGCAGAGCUGUCGCCACACUUUGGGGCCUGGUGGUCCCAGGAGAUCUACCCGGGCAACAAAGCUUGUUUCUUCGUGUUUCCGUGUCGUGGACGCAGGUGGUAGAUUGGCUGACACAAGGUGGCUAUUCCACCUGGCUCCAGGUGGAGGUGGAGAGAAAAGGGAAGGCGGACAAGGACUGGCCCAGGUAGGGCCGUUAUGCGGUGAGUCCUGAGGAAGGACAGAAGCCGAGACAGGAGUGCAGAAGGCCUGAGCUGCCAGGGGCUGAGCCAGAAGGAGCACAGCCCACUCCGGGAUGGGACGUUGGCCUUGAGCAGCCGCAGACCCAUCCCAGCCAGGGCCUGCCUGGCACGGACCCUCAGGGGCCAGCCCGUUGAGAAACGCCAAGGAGAGGAGCUAAGCAACACAUCGCUGGAAGCAAAAGCCUGCCCGCUGGCCAGGGCGGAAAGCAGGGGCCAAGGCCUGGCGAUUCUGAUGAGCUUGGUUCUGGCCCAGCAGAGCAUCAGGCUGGGGCGACCGGAGCAGCUCUGCAGGGAUGGCAGUGGAGACUGAGGGACCUCUGCCCCAUGGGCUGGGCACUUCCUGGCACACUCUGCUUCCAUGGAAAUGCGCCCAGGAAAGGGAAGGCAUCUGCUCAGGUCUAGUGGCCAAGCCCUCAGCGAGGGAGUGUUGAAGUCGCCUCAUCUGCUUCCCCGAACUAGGCUCCUUUUUCCCGAUUGUGCCUUGCAGCUGCUGCGCGGGGCUGGCCCCCCUCCUCCCCCCGGGGCUCUCCGUUUAGGGUCAGACAGCAGGUCGCACCUGCCAGGGCUGGUGGCCUCUUUCCUCAGUCCCGCCCAGCUCUUCGCCUCUGUGGUGACAGGCUGGAGGGGGCCGUGGGGCCCGAGGUGGUGGCCUCGGGCAGCUUUCCCUCCUGCCAUCCAUGGGUUUGGGACACGCAGAUAGAGUAGAACUGAGACCCCAGGCCAAGAAGUUUCCAGAGAGCGAUGGCCCACGGAGACCCUCUUCCCCACACCGCUUACAAACCCACCUCUCCUACCUGAACCCUCAUUCUCCCAGAAGAACAGCCAAGGUCACCCCUCUUCCACGACAAGAGCCCCCCCCCCCCCCCGCCUGCUGGAGCUGGAGCAGGGGCCUAAGUGACAUUUCAGGGGCUGAAUAAGACUUCCAGCACCUCUGCCGCCCCAGCUGAAAACUAAGAGACUGAACUAAGUUGGGUCAUUUAGCAAAAGUUUGCUGAGCACCUACUGUGUGCUAGGCUCCUAGAAAAGCAGAGAGACCAUAGCCCAGGGGCUGACAGGAUGCCCUGAAAAGCCCUCUGGUCACAGAGAUAAAGGUGAUGGAGGCCUGGGUGGCAGAGCCCAGCACUCCCGUCAGAAGGCCAUCCCUCCCUCCCGCGCCUCCCAGGACCCCGGGUGGGGUGCAGGGCACCUGCAGGAGGGGCAGAGCAGAGCCUGGUCACCAAGCUACACUUCAAGAAAGACACCUCGAAGGAGAAGCUGCAGCCGGCCGGGCAGAGAGAGAAGCACACAAGCCAGGACUGCGGACCCCGGGAGCCCAGCCAACACGCCCAGGACACCGGUCUCCGCCCCGACGCCUCGCCCGCUGCCAGCACCCAGCACGGUCAGUGCUCCGGAAGGGGGCUCCUUUCUCUUCACCCAGGGACCGUGGCUGCGUUUGCCUCCUCUACUGCAUGCCUGGGGGGUUGUCAGCCUGGCAAACUGCAUCUUAUACCAGGGACCCCUUUCCUCGCCAGAGAUCCACGUGGUGGCAGCUCAGCCCUUCUGACAAGAGCAACAGCGCCGAGCCGACGUCAUUCAGGCCAAAGGCAGAGGGACUCGAUGUCUGGGACACAGCCCGUCGCACAGGUGGAGACCGAGCACGUAUCUGCUGCUCUCCCGGGCUGCCCUUGCCCCUCAGCGCCCGCACGUCACCUGCAGCAGUGAGUCCUGAGCACUCACUAUGUGCCAGCCACAGGGCCGGCCCGCCUGGCUCCAUGGAGACCAGCAGGGGCCCAGGCGACAUGGGCGUGGCCACACACCCCCUCCUAGCAGCCUGCACGGAUGGCCCCCCAGAGCAGGACCCUUUGUUUCCCUGAGGCCUCCCAGCCCCUGGAUGGAGUCUCUGAAAUUGUCUGUCCCCCCAAGUCUCAACAGGAAGCAAUGAAGGGCCAGAGUCGCCUCCCUCCCCCCCCGCCCCCCGCCAAACCCCCGGGGCUCAGCCCCAUAACAUGUGCACGUGCUCAGUGCUCUUCAGGCUGGGAGGCCCGGCGACAGGCCCAAGGCGAAUUGUUAGGAACUCAUGGAAUCGGGAAUCAAACCCAAGCCCGUCUAAUCCCGAAGUAGGAAACGUCCCCCUGUGAAAUGCUGAUCACUGAAUGUUACAGAUGGGGAAACUCAGCAGGGCAGCCUGGCAGUGGAGGGCCCGGGCUGGGGGGACAUGAAGGAGAGGGCAAGAGGGAGGAGGGGGUGUGGACCUAGUGACCUCCCCCCUCUGGAACAAGUGCUAAAAGCUCAUUCAGAGAAAGACGGCCUUCUGCCUUCUCCCCGGGUGGACAGGUCACUUCCAUUCAAACUGAGCCUGCCCGGUACGCCGGGCCAUGGCUCGGCGCUCACCCUGGGGGGCUCUGGGUGCCUUGAGCCGAGGCCGGCGCACAGCCCUGCAAGAUGCCAAGUGCCCCUCCCCUACCUGCCCUUCUGCCAGCUCGUCAGCGGACAGGCGUGGGGAAAAGUAGGGGAAAAAAGGGAAAGCUGGCUGAUGGCAGGUAUUUUGUAUUUCAGUCCAGAGGCCACGUAGAUCUGCAGGGAAACUUCUUAUUCCACUGAGCUCAAAACCUUAAACAGUCUGAGUGAGCAGACCCAGCCCAUGCGGCUCCUGAAACAGGCUGUCUGAACACCACUGGGGGCGGUGCGGGGCUGGGUGGGGGACCGCAGAGCUGACCCUCGUCCUCGCAGCCUUCAGUUUGGGCUUCUGCGAAGGCGCUGGCGGUACUGUACAGGCGCUUUGGCGAUCUCUCUGCCUGCAAGGGUGACAAAUAUCAAUGUAACCACAUUUCUCUUUUAGUUGCCUCAAAUAUUCCAAGUUUUGUUUUCUCCAUCAUGUUCAUACAUAUGCAUGUAAUUAAACAUUUGUGAAAAAUCACUUUAAUA